AUGGGUGUCAAACAACAAAAAAACAAAACGAAAAAAGAUGUGAAGAAAGACUUGGCUAAUGGAAAGCCAAAUGAUGUUAAAAAAGUGAAAAAGAAAAAGUUUGUGUCGUGCUUACAGUGCAUCAAACCGGGGAAAGAAGAUGGUGGUUUGGAAGGCAAAUAUCGCGUUGCUGCGCCUGAGCUCAUGCAGGAUACAUUUAUGAGCGACUCGGAAGACGAGGGAGGUGAGGUGGAGUGUCCAAUUCAGCAACAACAGCAAUAUAGAUACAUGAACAGCGAGGCGGGCACACUGCACCGGGCCAAGCCGCUCGAAGACACGGUCACCGAUGGACACCUCUGGCCCAGUAACAAUGACAAGAAAGUGGCCACCAUCGACAGACAACCGCUCGACAUCGGUUUCUUGGUGUCGUUCGUGGUGGACGCUCGAGGUGGCGCCAUGAUAGCUAAGAGGCGAGGAGGCGUGCGUAUCAUCGUGCCUCCCGCCGCCUGCGCAGCACCCACCAGAGUCACAUGCAGAGCGGCAACACGCCGAGCGCCCGCAGCGGCUCCGCCACCCCUCAUGGAGGGUGAAGCUCUGGCCUCCCGACUAUUGGAGCUACAGCCGCAAGGAGCCAAGUUUUUAGCUCCUGUGAUCAUCGAAGUGCCAAUAUAUACGUCAUCGUGCCGCGAACGCGAGAUCGUGAUACUACGCAGCGACACGGGCGAGACCUGGCAGGACCACUACCUACACAAUAACGACAACCCACUCAUACAGGAAGCAUUACAACGCGAACGUCAAGAAUAUGGCAACACCGGUGAAAUAAUCGGCGAGAGUGGUGAGCGGGUCACUCGUAUUAUCACUUGCGACUUCCCACAUUACCUCGCCUGCGUGUCGAGAGUCAGGCAGGAGGUGCAUAUAAUAGGGCCUGAAGGUGGAACCAUCUCCAGUGCUCAUAUACCGCAAGUGCAGGCGCAGUUCCCGGCGGCGGCGCUGACGAAGCGCAUCCGCGUGGGGCUGCAGGCGCACGCGGCGGGCGCGGAGCUGUCGCGGCGCGUGCUGCCGCGCCACGCCGCCGUGUCGCCCGUGCUCACCGUGGAGCCGCGCCGCCGCAAGUUCCACCGCUCCAUCACGCUCACCGCGCCGCUGCCCACCGCCGGCAACGGCACAGAAAAGCCUUCGACAACAAACCUGCGCCUGCUGUGCUCUAUAAUGGGCGGACAGGCCCGCGCCGUGUGGGAGGACGUGACGGGCUCCACCCCCCUCACCGUCACCGACGACUGCGCCUCCUUCACUACCACUGUGUCUGCCAGAUUCUGGAUGAUGAAUUGUCAAAAUGUAAGCGACGCUACUAAGCUUGCGACGGAAUUAUACAGAGAAAUGCUGAUGGUACCAUUUGAAGUGCGCAUCGUGGUGUUGGGCAAACGGCUGGACGCCCUGGAGGGCCGGCUCUUGGUUAUGUACAUCACGGACAGAUAUGCGUACGAGACGCUCUUACAACAGGAGCAUUACACGGAGGUGGCCCAUUCUACAUCGGUUCGGUUCCUGGACGGCAAGGAUGUGUACCUGGAGUUCUCCGGCAACCUAGUCCCGGUCACCAAGUCUGGCAGCCAGCCUAUGUUGACUUUCGAGGCUUUUAAAGACAACCGCGUAGAAUUUACAGUACGGGUGAAACAUCAUGAAGAAAAUCCUUCCGGCAGAAUCUACUUCAUGAAUGAACCAAAAGUACCAAAAGGCGAACAGUCCCAGACCCCGGCGUGCGUGCUGGACGUGGAGCUGCCCGAGCGCAUCGCGCCUCGCGCGGGCAAGAGCCAGGUCGACUACCUCAAUCUGGACCAAUCUGGUUUCGAUGCUCUAAAAGACGAGCUAAGCUUCCAAUGGGGUGGUGAUCACAACAACAGCCUCGGACCCAUGUCACUUGAGCGACAACUCAACGGUCAUCACAAACUCAUCACCAACGGUGAUGUCAAGUACCCGAGUGCAGAUGACACACAAAAACAUGUGAAACCUCAAGUAAACGGCGAUUCCCACCACGGCGAUGCUCAUCAUGGUGAUGAUCUCGUUGUAGACUCAAACAAAACAAAGGCAACUUUUGAUUCAGAUGAAGAUAAGACCCCCAUGAAUACUUUAGAGAAAGGCAAAAAGAAAUCAGAAGGAGGUUUCUUGGGCGGCCUCGCUGAUAAAGUUUUCGGUGUGUUUGGUCAUAGUGAUGACAAAGAAGAUGAGAAAGUUGAAAAAGAAUCAUCUCCAGCACCUCUACCCAAGCCGAGAGAAUCUAAGGAAAAGUCUCCCCAGAAAGAAAAAGAAAAGUCUCCCCAGAAAGAAAAAGAAAAGUCUCCUCAAAAAGGGAAGGAAAAAACCCCAAUGAAAGAGAAAGAAAAGUCAUCUCUGAAAGAAAAAGAGACAUCUCCAUCAAAAGAGAAAGUCCCACCUAAACCUGCUCCUAGAAUAAUAAAUGAAGAGAUCUUAGGUAAAGUUGAAGAUAUGUUCAAAGAUCUAAAAACAAAACCUCAUUUAGACGAAGAUGUUGACAGUCAAGUAUAUUCAACUAAAUUAGUUGUAGAUGAGCACGGUCCUACUGAUGUUCAAGAAGAUCUUUAUGAACAAUACAGACAUAUGCAACCUGUUGAUACUCCACUAUGUUGUUCCAAAAUAGACCCCUUCCAAUUUUACGUCGGAUGCUGCGAAGGCAAAUAUGCAAGGGGCCAAAAGCAUCGCCACGAUGAAACUUCUAAUAUUGUAGACAGAAUAGAACAGGUUAACUUCGCUGUUCAUGAAAUCCAGCAAGACGUUUCUGAUAAAGCUGAAAAUAAUUUAGAUAUAAUCAAAGAAGAAAAAGAUAAAAAUCAACAGAAAGCUGUUGACAAAACUGAUGAUUUAACAGCACAUUUAGAAAAGUUUAACGAAGAUGGUCAGCAUAAAAUUCAAGAAUUGGAAGACAGUGGACGUGGCAUGUUAAAUGAUAUUGCUGAUUCCACGGGAAAGGCUAGAGAUAAUUUUGAAGCAAAGGUAUCCGAAUUGAAAGUAAAUGCUUCUUCCGAAAUUGAAGAUGCUAAAGCGUCUGGUACGGAUAUUAUUAAUAACGUUACUCAAAAUGUAGGUGUUGUAAGGGAUAAUCUGAAUGCCAAAGCAAUGGCUUUAGAUUUCGCAGCUCAUGAAAGAGCGGAAGAAAUGAAACUUAGAGGACAAAAUAAAGUAGCGGUAUUGAAAAGUGCCACAGAUAAAACUACAGAGUCCCUUAAAGAUAAGGUAGAACAUGGUGCAGCUACUGUAGCUACAGAAGCUCAAAAUGUGAAAAAUGCAGCCAAAGACUCUUUAGACAAUGCUAACAUUGCAGCUAAUGAAAAAAUACAAUCUAUGGGUGAAUCUUUUGAGGGGGCCAAAGAAAAAAGCAAGAAAGAGCUUAAAAAGGAAGCGAAGGAAGCUAAGAAAAAGGCUAAAGAAGGAAAGAACUUCUUUACAGGUUUAGUCCAGAAUAUUUUUGGUGAAAAAGAAAAAAUGGAGGAUGAAGUGAAGGGCAAAAUUGCUGAUGGUAAAGAAUCCGCUAACAAAGCUUUAGAACAUGCAUCCUCGAAAAAGGACGAAAUUAAAGACGCUGCAGCUAAAACACAAGAAGAAUUACAGACUGGCGCAGAACAUAUAGCCCAAGAUAUUGAUAACAGGAAGAAACAAUUGGAACAGUCUCUCAACGAAAAGAAGGAUCAAGUUGAAAAGUCGAUACAAGAUAAGACCGAUGAAGCAAAACAGGCUGUGGAAAAUAAAGCGAUUGAAGUUAAAUCUUCUGUUCAAGAAAAGGUAGGUAAAAUCAAAGACACUGCCCACGAAACAGCAAUUGAAGUUAAAGAUACACUCCAUAAUAAUGCUAAUGAAAUUGGCAAUGCUGUGUCUGUUACGACGUCUAAUGUUCUAAAAUCUAUUGAAGAUCAAACUAAAGAAGCUAAAGACUCUGUUUGUGAAAAGUCACAGCAAAUCAAAGAUUCAAUUCAAGAAACAGGAUCAGAUUUUACUAAUAUUGUCCAAGAUAAAACUGCAACAACAGGACAAGCAAUGAAAGAUGGCUUUGGAAAAAUUGGCAAUGCCAUUCAUGAUAAAAAAAGCGAAGCAAAAGAAAAAGCAAAUGAAGUCGGACAUGCUAUUCAAAAUGAUGCUGCUAAAGUUGAACAAGCUAUAAAAGAUAAAACAUUGCAAGCUGAGGAUAAUCUCAGUGAAGUAGGGCAUGCUAUACACGAUGAAGCAAGUAGAGUUGGACAAACUAUCCUAAGCCAAACAGGCGAAGCUAAGGAUGCUAUACACGACAAAGCCACUAAAGUUGGACAAGUCGUGGAAGAUACAACAACCACAGCGAAAGAUAAAGUAAAUGAAUUUAGUAACACUGUUAAUGUAAAAACUAGUGAAGCAAAGGAUAAAACUGAUGAAUUUGGAAAUGCUAUCCAUGAUAAAUUUACUGGAUUCGGUCUAGCUAUACAUGAUACAGCUACGGAUGUUGGAAGUAAUAUCCAUAGUACAGCAUCUAAUAUCGAUCAUAACAUAAACGACGCAGCCAACAAAGUUGGGUCAGCCAUUCAAGAUAAAACUACGAAAACGAAAGAUGUCAUCCACGACAAAGCUACUGAAGUCGAACAUGAACUGCAUGAGAAAUCUCUUGGGUUUGGACAUGCCAUUAAAGAUACCUUCAGCGGAAUUGGGCAUGCCAUAAGCGAUACUUUCCAUGGUUUCGGACAUUCGGCACACGAAAAGAGUGAAGACGCAAAAGAAGCAGUUUGUGAUAAGACUAAAGAAAUAAAGGAUACCGUUGAAGGUACAGCCAGUAACCUUAGACAUUCAGUCGAAGAAACAACCAGUGACGCUACAAAGGCUUUACAAGAUAGAACACAAGCUAUCGGGACCGCCAUAACAGAGGACAUAAAUCGUUCUUGUCAUGAAAAAGAACAAACGGCACAGAGCGAACUAGAUAGGAUAAGGCAAGAAGCUGAAUACACAACCGACCAAAUCUCUAAAUCUGCAGAGGAUACUAUCAAUGCAGCUGCCGCCAAAGGAGUACAAUUCCAAACAAACAUGAGCCAUAAUUACGAUAAUUUAACACAAGCUAGCAAAAACGGACUAGAACAUUUACAACAAUCGGCUAGCGAUAAAGUGAAUGAUCUACAAAAGUCGUCUAAACAAGCAUUCGAUCACGCAGAAGACUCAACCUUGAGUACUUUCGAUAUGGUCGAAAGUUCGACGAAGGACAAAGUGAACGAAGGCAAGGAUAAAUGGGAUGAGCUGCAGAGUUCGACCCGAGACACGUUUGCUACUAUGAGAGAUGAUGCGUUAAGCUUGGGUAGUUCAGCGGAAGAUACACUUCACAGCUUCCAAAGUUCAACAGGCAAUACAUUCGAUAGUCUUGAUGAUUCUGUAAAAGGAAUGUGUGGGUCUGUAUCGGAUUCUCAACACAAUAUUGAAGAAAGUUCAAAAGAGUUGUUUGGAGAUGUUAAGAACCAGUUUGAGGGAUUCUCAGUGUCAGCUGACAAUAAGUUAGAGGAGAUUAAGGGGACAGGUAAGGCUGGAGUUGAGAGUGCUGAAGCGAGGUUAACUGACGUCAUCGAAGGAGCAAAAACUGAGAGCCAAGCAGUGGCAGAUGCCUUUUCAAGUGAGGCUGAUACAUUUACGAGCAGUUUGAAUAAUUUGGGGACUUCCGUCUUUUGUUCUUCAGGAAAAGGUUUUAUGAAGGAUUCGAGCACUAAGUUAUUGGAAUCAGAAAAAUCGCAGUCCUCACCGUCGCCACAUAAGAAGAGUUCUGGAAUACCGAAGCUUAAGAGGAAGAAGUAA